AAAUGUCCUCUCCAACUGUCCUAAUCGUCGGCGCUGGUCCAUCGGGACUCGUGCUCGCUCUGUCGUCGCUCAAGAACGGCGUCUCCGUGCGUAUCAUCGAGAAAGAUGCCGAGCACCACCGUGGCGAACGUGGCCCUGGAAUCAUGGUGUGCAAGCCUCGUACGCUUGAGAUCGAGCACUUCCUCGGCGUCGCCGACGACGUCAAGAAGGUGGCAGCGCUCAAGAGCACGAAGAUUGUAGAGCAGGUCGAUCCCACUCCAGCCUUUUCUGAGACACGUCCAGCAUCGCUCGGACAGUGGAAGCACCAGGCUAUUCUCCGCAAAGCUAUCGAGGCACUGGGAUGCAGUGUCACACGAGCUGGGUACCGCCUUCGUUUCUUUCCAGCGAGAUGGCGAAAAGGUCGUCACGCAACUCGCCAAGUCCGUUGACGGGAAGACCGUGACGGAGGAAGCCGAGUUUGCCUAUGUCGUUGGGGCCGACGGUGGACACAGUACUGUACGCAAGUCUCUCGGCGUUAACUUCGCCGGGGAGACCCGCGAGGGAGGUGCGAUGUUCAUAGUCGACUGUGUUGUCGAGGGGAUCAAAGGGAGCAACAACGUAACUUUUACUCCUAUAGCAUCUUCAGUAGAACCAAUCGGUGUUCUCAGAGUCUCUUUGCCUGGGGAGACCAUCCCACUGCUUUUGCGGGAAUCCGCUACACGGGAAUAGGCCAAGUGUUCCAGAUGAUUCUCUCUGGUCCAAAUGUGGAUUACGCUACCUUGAAGGCCGAGUGCAGCCUCAAGGCUCUCCAGAAGGAAUUCAGUAGGAUAUCCGGCCGUAAUGAUCUUAUCGUGAAGGAGAUCAUUUACUGGCAGGGAGAAUGGAGGCCAAAUAUUCGCAUGGCAGAGAAAUUCCAAGUUGACAGGGUGUUCAUUGUUGGGGAUGCCGCUCAUACACACUCUCCGGCCGGAGGUCAAGGCAUGAACUCGAGCAUUCAGGACGCCAUCACGACGGACCUGUUCGACCGCACGUUCGGUGUCGACACGCAGCGCAAGCUCGCAGACGCACGCGCCGCCGAGCAGGCCGGCGCCGGUACGGACGCGACAGCGCGCGAGCAGGUCUGGAUCCGUGGCAGGAAGCUGUUCCAGCUCGACGUCAACUACCGCUGGAGCACCAUCGUCCUCGACGAGCGUUUCGCCGGCGGCGAGAGCACGCGUGUCGCCUAUGGCGAGCCGGGCCAGGACGUCCGGGCCGGCGACCGUGCCCCCGAUGCGCCUGAGGCGGGGGUGCUCGGUGUCGUCCGCGCUUUGCCUUCUGACCUCGUCAAGAUCUUGCUCGUUUCUUCCCCUGGGGAGGUGCACGUUACGACCAAUGAUGAGUCCAACAUUGUUGUUGAGGAUAAAGACGGCCAUGGGAGGAGACCGUAUGGUCUGGAGGGGCAGACGGGUCCUGUUGUUGUUGUGGUUCGCCCGGACGGCAUGAUUGGUGCUUUCGCGACCUCGGCAAAGGGCCUAGAGAAGUAUUUCUCCCUGAUUUUCUCUCAUGCUUGAGAUUCUGCCGGUUAGAUACCGCAAGGAUUACUAAACGCUCGAACAGACGAAGCAGCACUGUAAACAAAUGGGUUUAAAUGUAAACGUUCAACAAAUAUUGAGCCCAGUACCGGCUCCAAUCAAAGGCGU